UUGUCGUGCACAUAAUUCUCGUCUGGCUGAAGUCCAAAGCAAAGCACAGUCAGACUAUCUGAUAAAUAUGUCAAUAGCUGUCGGACCAGGACAAAGUUAUUGGUUGGGUGCACGAGAUGAUAUAAUUGAAGGGACUUGGAUCUGGGCAUCGACAGAUGAGGUCGUAACAUAUACAAACUGGUUCCCAGGAGAACCGAAUGGGGUUCGAGCAGAGAACUGCUUACACAUGUAUUCUGCAGAAGGCCUGCAAUGGAAUGAUUACCCUUGUACACAGAAGAACAGAUUUAUUUGUGAAAAAGAGUAUCCUGGAGAUAAUUCUGAAAUAGUAGGAUAAUCAAAUGCCAAUGUACACACAAGUUGUUUUGCAAUUAAAUUUUAC